AUGUUUAAAACGAAAGUCUUGCUUCCACCUGAUUUUUCACGGAACAAGGAACUAGUGCAAUAUAUAUCUCAAGUAUGCCACGUUAAGGCCGUUGUUCAGAGUGCUUCAAGACCGCAACUAGAAAUUUCCGCUGAGGAUCAAGAGAGUCUUCAUUUUUCGCAAAAUUUGGCCCUUUCGUUCGUUGGACCUGAAUUGGAAACUGUUCUUCCCUUAUCGCCAGCUAUUCUGACUGCUUUUAGAAUCGUGGAGAUUCAAAGGUACUUUGCCAGGCGACAUAGAAUGGUUGUCAUUGCAGAAAACAAUAACAGUUUGUAUAUGUGUGGACCAGCUUCACGCUUAGAAGCUGCCUCUGAGGUACUGGCUGACGUUGAAUUAUAUUCAGUUUCUCUUGAUCCUCCAGUGGAAACUAGCGAUUUCGAGGCGCUUUGUUCUGCUUAUGAUAUUUCAUCUAAAAAUGUAAAAAAGAGGGCUAAGGUAGAAGAAAUAAAUUUCCUCUUCUACUUUCUUCCCUUGGUUGAAUCCAAAAUGGAUUGUUUGGAUCCAAAAUCAUUGCUGGCCCGGGAGUCUUUUGAUGCUUAUCGCAAGCUUAACGGUUGUGAAGUACCCAAACCGGUUUCGAAUGGUACUCCUAAGCUGCAAGUUUCUGCAAUUUCGACUCAAGGUAAGCGAAGUUCCUCCAAACGUCGGAGGCACCGAAAGAAAAAUCAUUUGGGGCCUCCCAAGUUGAACGGAAAUUGUGACUACGAUCAUUUACGCAUCCUUCAGGUACGUGAAUUAAUGUAUAAACUUAACUCAUUCUUCACUCCACUUGUGUUGCGUUUUACUAGAGCCGAUAUUAAAGACAGGCGUCGGCGGGUUGUUGUAAUUGAUGGUGCCAACGUGGCCCAUAGCGAAUCAACAACACGCAAAUUCAGUCUGGGCAAUCUCCGAAUUGCCUACAAUUACUUUGUGAAUCGCGGCUUCACGGAAGUGAAGAUCGUGCUUCCAGAGGCUUCGAAUGAGUGUCGCCAAUACUUUUCUGAUGAAGAACUCGUCAAACACUUCAUCUUUACACCCAUUCGACGCCUCAUUCCUGGGGAGAAACCCCAACGCGCCGAUGAUGAUAGGUGA